GCUGCCGGUGCCACUGCGCUGGUCCCUGCGGAGGAGCCAGGAGGGGACAAGAGAGCUGGGAUCUGGUGCCAAGCCUCGGACCCAAGGGGACAGAGCCAGGGCUGGCCUGGCACUGCUGGGACACACCUGGGACACCCAUCACCGGUGCCACACGGACCUGCAGAGGAUGGUGAGGUGACCUCGAGACGGCCCAAGCAGGGCCAAGCUGGCCUGGCACUGCAGCAGGUGGCAGGGACAGGCCGGGGGGGCUGUGCUGGCACGGCCACGGCUCUGCUGCUCCUGGGUGUGAUGGGAGAGCCAGAGCCGGCUGCUGGGAGAGGCAAAGAUGUGGGAAUGGGAAACGAGGGGGAUUUUCCAGUCUUGGCAGGGGCAGGGAGCCUGUGUGGGCCGGGAGAGGCUGGACGAGGAGAAAAGGAAAACAGCGACUCCUCAAGAAGAGAAACUGGAGCUGCUGGAGAGGCUGCGGGAGCUGGAGCGGGGCAGCCGCGCCCUCCUGGAGCAGAGGCUGCGGGUGCUGCACCGGCUCCACGGGCUGCUCCAGAGGGACAAGGUGGAGACCCUUCGGCAGCUCCAGGAGGCCCUGGAGCAGGAUCGCGCUGCCGGGAGCGUCCGCCGGGAGCAUCUCCCGAGCCGCCCACGGGAGCCGGCGGGGCCGGGGCGGGCUGGGGGCUCCCCGGCCGUGGGGACCCCCCCGGCGGCCCCGUGGGGACACGGCCGCCGCCCCAGCAGUGCCGUGGGACCGGGCUCUUCGCCGGCAGCCCUCGGCCGCGCUCUCCACGUCCUGCGGGGGCUCCGGCAGCAGCUCCAGCGGCGCCUCGGGCAGUGGCAGAGCGUGGAGGGAGCCCUGGGAGCCGCGGCACAGAGGAAGGAGAGACAGAGGGAACAUCCCCAUCCCGCCUCCUCCCCGUCCCUGAGCUCCAGUCCUGAGGUCCAACAGCACGGCCGGGGCUCCCCGGGACUCCUGCACCACGUCCAGCACCACUUCCAGGAGCUGCAGCUGGAGAAGACACAGAACACAGGGAACCCGACUGUCCUGGGGGGACAACUGGGCACCAGGGGCAGAGAGGAGGGCCAGGCACAGCCCGGGGUGGGAACUCCCCCUCUGCCACAGCCCCGGUGCUGAUCCGAGGAAAGGAAAAGGGGCAGAGCUCCAGCACGGAGCACAAUUCCUGGUGGGAACAGCCCUGCAGGGGUUGUGACCUCAGGGAGGUCCCACCACCGUCAGCCACAGUGGCACCAGGGCUGUUUGCUGAUCCUGACGGGAUCAGGCGGGAUGGAAUCACAGGAACCCUCUCCAGAGCUGCCUGGAUCUGGCACAGGGUCCCACAUCCCACCCUGCAGCCCCUCCUCUGUUCAGUCUCCCAUCUCCCACUCCGGGAUAGAGCCAGGGGCAGCUCGGAGGUGACAUUUCCUUUUCUGCUCCACCACGAGGACACAGGUUGGGAAUUCAGGGAAAAUUCCAAGCUGAAAAGGUGGUUAAACACUGGCACAGGCUGCCCAGGGCAGUGGUGGAAUCACCAUCCCUGGAAGUGUCCAAAAAAUGGGUCCAUGUAGCACUUUGGGAUGGGAUUCAGUGGGAUUCAGUCAAAGGUUGGACUUGAUGGUCUUGGAGGACUUCUCCAACCUUAGUGAUUCCAUGAUUCUGAGUUUUCUCCCCGGGAACUGAGGUCCCAGUCACAGAAUUCCAAUGAACACAACAAAGCUCCUGCAAACUCCUCCUAAAAAAGCACCACAACGUUGUAACGGAUCCCGGAGCUGCCAAGUGCCCUUGGACAAGUGGGAUCUGUCCAGGGAGCCAGGCUGGGAUCGCUGACCCUGGGACAGGAAUUGUUCCGUUUGGAUGCUUUAGUUCAAUUUGGAAAAGGAGGAAGCCGUUCCUCAGUCUCUGCACUUCUCCUUGGGAAAUGCUGGUUUUAAUUUGCAGGAGAACAUCCAAGGAAAGCUUCUCCUCGUGAAAAGGGGAAAAUGGGAGUCUCUGGCAGGAUUUUAUCGCUGUGCCUCGUUC